GUUGUUUUUCCUCCCGCAGCAGGCCCGGGCGGAGCGAUGCGCGGAGACCCCCACGGGGGCGGCCAACCCAGAUGAGGACCGACCUCCUGGUCGCGCCUCUGCGCCCCCGGCCCGAUGGCGGCUCCGCGCUGGGACCCGCUCCGAAACGACUCGCUGCCGCCCACGCUGACCCCCGCUGUGCCCCCCUACGUGAAGCUCGGCCUCACCAGCGUCUACACCGCGUUCUACUCGCUGCUCUUCGUGUUCAUCUACUUGCAGCUCUGGCUGGUGCUGCGCUACGGCCACAAACGGCUCAGCUACCAGAGCGUCUUCCUCUUCCUCUGCCUCCUCUGGGCCUCCCUCCGGACGGUCCUCUUCUCCUUCUACUUCAGGGACUUCGUGGCGGCCAAUGCGCUCAGCCCCUUCGUCUUCUGGCUUCUCUACUGCUUCCCCGUGUGUCUCCAGUUCUUCACCCUCACACUCAUGAACUUGUACUUCACGCAGGUGAUUUUCAAAGCCAAGUCAAAAUACUCUCCAGAAUUACUCAGAUAUCGGUUCCCCCUCUACCUGGCCUCACUCUUCGUCAGCCUCAUUUUCCUGUUGGUGAAUCUCACCUGCGCCGUGUUGGUGAGGACAGGGAGUUGGGAGAGGAAGGCCAUUGUCUCCGUGCGAGUGGCCAUCAAUGACACACUCUUCGUGCUGUGUGCCGUCUCGCUCUCCAUCUGCCUUUACAAAAUCUCGAAGAUGUCCCUGGCCAACAUUUACUUGGAGUCCAAGGGCUCCUCCGUGUGUCAAGUGACCGCCGUCGGGGUGACCGUCAUCCUGCUGUACACCUCCCGAGCCUGCUACAACCUGUUCAUCUUAACAUUUUCUCAGAGCAAGAACAUCCAUUCCUUCGACUACGACUGGUACAACGUGUCAGACCAGGCGGAUCUGAAGAGCCAGCUGGGAGAUGCUGGCUACGUCGUGUUCGGGGUGGUCCUGUUCGUGUGGGAGCUCUUGCCCACCACCUUAGUCGUUUACUUCUUCCGUGUUAGAAAUCCUGCCAAGGACCUUACCAGCCCUGGAAUGGUCCCUGGCCAUGGGUUCAGUCCCAGGUCCUACUUCUUUGACAACCCUCGAAGAUACGACAGUGAUGACGACCUUGCCUGGAACAUCGCCCCUCAGGGCCUUCAGGGAAGUGUUCCUCCGGACUACUGCGACUGGGCACAGGCCAGCGGCCUCCUGGCACACGCGGCAGCCUCACCGCCGGACUCGCUCGGGUCCUGACACACCAGGCCGUGGGCAGCACCGUUCAGGUUUAUGGAAGAUUCUCCUUUGAAAGGCCUCGGAAGGACUAACUUAGACAGCUGAAUCUAGGGCACUUUUCCUUAGGAAAUAGGACUUGAUCUUAUUUUUCACAGGUUUCUGAUGGCUCCAUAGGACUAAGCAAUAAGUUAGACUGAUAAAACCUUAUUUUAGUACUAAAAAGGGAGCCUGGCAGCCUGUUUCAGUGGGUAUAAUUUAAACUUUAAAAAUUCCGUGCUUUGAUAAAAAUGUAUUUUAUAUAACUUAAAUAAUAAUGCUAAAAUAUACUAGGGGUUUUUGAGAAUGUUACUGCAAUACAUGUUAUAGUUUGCACAGACUUUUAUGCAUAAUUCACUUUAAAAGUAUACAGUCUGUGGUCUGAGGGUUCUUUAAGGGUUUUGGGCCAAAGCGCUCCUCAGACCCCUACCUCGCGGCCGCUCAGUCUGAGUGCUGGGGCUGCGUGCGCUCGGGGCCAGAGCGGAGCCGUGUCAGCAGGCUCCCGGCCAGGGCCCUGGCUCCUUCGCGCUCACCGCGGCCGGGUGGUGGGUCCCUCCAGGAACCUCGGUGCUGCCAGAAGUUCGGUGCUCCUGUUCAGGAGGGCGCUCACCCGCACGCUCAGAUGACAGUGUCGGAACGUCGGCAGAGCUCGCUCACGUUCGCAAGCUCCUCUGCUCUGGGCAGGUUUCGCAGUGUUCAGCCCCAUGAAAUGUGUCCGUUACCCCAGGGCUGUGGCAGGAAUGCGCGUUCCCAACUCUGGACGUCCGUGAUGUUGAAGGAGGGAUCUCAGAGGGGUCACUAACAAGUACCCUGGCCCCGAGCCCCCAGACUGGGGAAUCCUAACAGUGUUCCUUUAAUUUCCAACCAUAUUUAAAACCUCUUUCUGAGUCGCUCCGAAAGCAGCUGCCGGAAGCUGCGCGCUGCCCGGGGACGCCCUCGACACCGCACGGCCCUCGUCCCAGUCCCACAGGAGGGAGGCACGUCCCAGACACCUGCUUCUGCGUCUUUCCUUUGGUGAAACGUCAUGAAAUUCUGGUUCUCCAACCACAAGGGCCCCCAGGACCUCCGAGACGCUCCUCGGUGCAGCGUGUCCGUGCUUCUGCGCAGGGAGACUGCCUGCUCCGGAGCCCCGGAGCCCCGGAGGUGCGUGCUGACUGCCGCAGAGCAGGGCUGCGGCCCUAGAGCAGCGCUUCUCAGCCUGGGGGUCGCACGACCCUUUCACAGGGGUCGCCUAAGACCAUCGGAAAACACACAUUCCCGAUGGUCUUAGGAACGGAGACACCGCUCCUGCACCGUCUGCAGGCGGCCGCCCACCCGCAGGUGCGCCCACGGACAGCAGGAGCUGUGCGGAAGGGUCCGGCCUAGGGAGGAAGCUCCCCUGCUCUGGAGGAAGUACUGUCCCCCAGGCGGGCCCUGCCUCCCAGGGAGUUCACUCAGGACGGGGAAAGGCGCUCUGACCCUUCAGAGGUCUCUCCCCGCCCUGGGCUUCAGGAAGUUUAUCUCGGGCGCUGACUGCACAGCGAUCACGUCUACUCUCUGACCCCGGAGGGAUUUCAGACGGGGUCUCACGUCUUACCUCGGUCGUGACGGUUUUCAUGCGUCCGGAACACCUUCCCCUGCGUAAUCCCACUGGACAGUCCCACCCUGCAGUGUAGGGAAGCAUCUGGGUCCCACAUCAUUUAAAAUCGUCACUUCAGGGGAAAUUUUACACUGAAGCAAACUUUGCACUGAUCAUUCAGACUGCCUUAAGACAUACGCUGUUCAUCUAAAUAGCUCCAAGAACACCCUUGUCGCCUGUCACACCAUCUUUGUCACUGGUACUUAGGAUCUCAGGCAGGUUCAUAUGCUCAGCGCCAAGUCAGCUUUCAGAAAAGCGCUGCAGCUGUUCAUGUCAGCUCAUCCAAGGGUAGAUGUAUUCUUACAUUUUUAAAAAUGUUUUAAAAUUUAAUUUAUUGAUUUUAGGGAGAAACAUUGAUUUGCUGUUCCACCCAUUCACUGGUGCUUCCGGGGAUGGAGCCGCAGAGUGCUGCCCCGACCAGCUAAGCCUCCCGG